UCAGGACAACAAUAAUACACGCGUAGGACGCCGUUGUUUCGAUCUGCGCGCGAUUCGCUCGACGUAUUCGCUGGUAUUUACUGUUACGGUACGACGCGGCGUCGUCUCUUUUUCAUCGCCAGUCGCGAUCCUCGCGAGCGAGAACUCGAUCAAGUGAACUCGAUCUCUUGCCGGUAUCGUACCGUGCCGCAAUAACGCCGUAACGAUUCAACUCGGCGACGACGCGACGUCGCGUCGUACAGAGAUCAUCCUUCAAUCAUUCUUUUAAAGAAAUUCUCUGUUUAAAACACGAAGAGCGCGAUAUUCGCUUUCUAUUUUCAUAAAUUUCUAUUCUCGUAGAUCACGCGUAGAAACGCAGAGGUGCAAUCGUGUCAACGUUCGCGGAGCGUAGUUCCAUCGCUGUGAAGUUGUCUGCGCGUUUGUCGAACGCUGGCGAUUUCAAUGCGAUAUCAGUCGCGCGCGGGUGCACGCGCGCGUGCAUGUGUUGGUACCUGUAUUUCCAUGAAAAUUAUCUGAAAUAUAAUAGAGAGCAUCAGAGCGCUUUACAAACGCUCCGGGGGGGCGGUAACGGAGGCAACGUGUCCGGGAUUAAACCGUUUUCGCGACGGUUACGUGGUGGUGCGCGGCAUCGUCCGUGACACACACAGCUCGCAGUUGAACGGACGCUAGCUCGUCGCUGUGACUGAAGCCGGCCACGACAUGUGCACCAGUCGUUUCGGGAAACCCGACGGAAGGUGGACGCGACGUCGUGCGUUUCAUCGUCGGUGCGUGCGCGCGGGAUACGCGCCAUCGUGUAAAUAUUGAACAAGUGACGUAAUUAGUUACGCGCGAGGCAUGAUAAUAAGUCUCGAGGUCGACGCAUCGUUCGACGUACCUGUCGCGAAGGAGGUGCCCGUUCCAGUUUGGACCCGUAGUUGUUAUCGGCGUGUUGUCGCCUGCCGAAUUCCCGCCGGUGGGAACUCUCGAGAUGGAGGCGGAGCAUAGACUGGAGCAGUUGAGGAAGGCGACGGACAGAAUACAAAGGGAAAUCGAAGAAGUCACUGAGAGGGAGCACGAACUGCGAAACGUGGGUAGCAUUAAAACCACAUCCCACGAAACAGUGGACUCCAAGGUGCGUCGCAUGCCUCAAGCUUUAGUCUCGGGCAAGCUGAAGAGGACAACGUCCACGCCGCAGAUCUUGGAAGCAGAUUCUGGAAGUCUGACACCACUGUCAUCAAGUUUGACGCCAAAAAUGACGAAUGGCGUGAUAUCUACGCGCACGACACCAACACCGUUGCGUUUUGCCACCGCACCGAGCCAAAGAGGCUUGAUGCACAGAUUCCUGGCUACACGAGGAAAAAUUUACAAACCAACGAACAAUGGCAACAUGAAUCCCACCGUCGCACCUACCAUCACGCUAAAUCCCUUGAGCCUCAAGGCCUUUAAUAAAACAUUGGAGAUAAAAUUAGAAGCAGACAACGAGCCAAAGAAGCCAUUGGCGAGAAAGGGAUACGUUCCUGUCGAGCAGAAGAUCCAAAAAGAGCUGGACGAUAUGAAAGUACGAGAAAAUGAAUUAAGAAUAAUGCGAUCUCGGAUGUUGGCAAAAUCCCAGCCGAAUCUACUGGAUAUAGAAAGUGAUAAUGAUUCUGAUAUUUACGAUAGCUCCAAUUCUCUCAGAAGUGGCACCUCCACUAAUACUCUGAAUGAAGAUGAAGUGGAGAGGGAACAUAAAGAAAAAGAGCGUAAGUCCAACUCGACAACGACGACCCGGCGACGUCACUGCACGCUCAUCGCACGAUGGGAGAAUAUGAUAGCCGCCAAUAGAGAAUCUAUUAAAAACAAUUACGAGAACGAUAACUAUUUCUGAACGAUAACUAUUUCAUUUGGCACCGAAUAAGAAUUUGCAGGUGACAAUUAUCUAUUCCUAUAUAUAGUCUUUAUUUUUUUGUUAUUUGUAAUUAAAUAUUUGUUAUAAAUUGGAAUAUUGCAGUAAACAAUUAUUCAUAUCAUAACAAAAGUAUUGAAUGCAUCGAGUCUGCAUUGAGCAUUUCUCUAUAUUGUUUAUAUAAUUUAUAACUGUUUAAAAAAGUGUUAAAUUUAAAGAUUUGAGAUUUAUUUGGCAGCAUUAGGAUAUAAUAUAUCUUUUUAAGAAAGUAAAUAUUUCGUUUCGUUAUUAUCGAUGAAUUCUGCAAUGUGAAUACGAUAAAUGAAUACGUAAUAUCAUAUUGAUAAAAAUAUGUUUCCACUCGUAGGCGCGCGUACGACUGAGUUUUUAUACUUAUUAAUUAGAAUAAUUUUACAAUUAUAAAGUGCUUAUAAUAAUUGUUAAAAAUCCGGUUAGUGUAGUCAAUACUUUAUUUAAAUUGAUGAUAAUUAAAGUGUUAUUGACCGAUAGUUGCAUACCUGAAAAUUUAUUUACGAUAAUAAUGAAUGUGCAAUUACUAGUUACUACAAAAUACAUGUAAGAUUCUUUUGUUAGAUCGUAGAUUCGUAGAUUAUCCUAUAUUUAUUAUAUUCCUACAUUUUGAUUAUCAUUUUGUCAUUUACUAUUACAUGUAACAAAUUGCAUUUAUUAUGUUAUUGAAGACUUAAUUUUAUGGAUAAAAUUUUGUGCAUAAAUGUUACCUUUUAUUAGAUAUUGAAUCUAUGCACGCGUAUAUUUAUUCUUAUGGUGUAGUAUUAAUUUUACAGUUUAAAAUUUUAUUCCACUUACAAGUAUCGUAUUUGUAUAGACAUAAUACUCGUGUAUUAUGUCUUAUGUAUAGAUUUGAAAGAAGAUUUGCGUUAAAUUAUAUGUUUUUAGGAAUCUGAAUUUAUAAUUAUUAUUUACGUUAAUUACUGCUUUUUAUCUUAGUGGUAAUAUAAUUUAUAAUCAGAUCAGAUACAAUUCAACAACAAAGUAAAAGACAAGAAAACAUUCUUAACGAAAAUUUUCAUAAUAUACAUGGAAUAUAUUAUUGUAUUAUAUGGGAUUAGGUAUGGGACAUAUGUGUUGUAUUAAUUACAUAAUAUACCAGGAUUUAUAUAUUCAAUAAAAUGAUUUAUGUCUUUUACAUCGGAGCGCGCAUAUACAGAGACUUUAAUUGCUAUAAACAUCGAAUACAAUGGUGAUGAGGGCAUUUCGUAAUCUCUACUGCACUACUUAACAAAUGGAGAUAUUAAAUAUCAGUGACAUACAAAUCAAUUAUUAAAAUGCAAAUACACUGCGGCAUCUUAUACCUCGAUGCAUUAAUGAGGUAUAUCGAGCGUAAUUGAAUGUUCGAAUGUAAAAUAAAUAGAAAAGAAUUAUUAUAAGGUAUCCUUUAAAUGUGAAUAAAAAGUCCAUUUUUCUAAAAGAGCCCUUUGUGUAAACUAUGUAACUAUACAAUGUAACUAUAUAAAAAUAAAUAAAAGAGAAAAGAAAAACAUCAU